GAAGUGGAAACUGUGACAACAGGAGAGACACUUCCUAGUCCGGUGAACGAGAGACAAGGGAGGAGGAAGAGAGGAGUGGAGAGAGAGAAAGAGAGGAGAUAUACGAGGAUAUUGAGGGUGAAGUGAAGGAUGAGAUUAUACCAGUAAAUGACAACAACACCGGUACAGUCAGAGAGGAAGUGGGGAUGAAUAGGAGCUCAUACCCCACAGCUCCGUCUGAGACCCGUAAUGGCUUCCACAGCACUCAGGGCUCUGAUGGAGAGAUCCAAAAUGGAGGCCGAGUUUCUAUGUCCCUGUCCAGACAGGCCCCCACCAUCGUCAACCGGACAGCCAGACCCUUCUUCUCUCCACCCACCAUACAGCCCAAGUCCCCAGAGGCAAGGAGUCCCGUCAUGGAUAACAACAUACCUCCAGCCCCCUCCUAUCCUACCCCAACUCUUCCCCCAGCUUCCUCAGACUCCACUCACCCUCUCCCACCUUUCACUGCCACUCGCCCCGUAGCCUUCUCCCCUCCUCCCCCUCCUCCCUCCUACCCCAUGCCUCCUCUCCCAGCCUUCCCCAUCCAUCCUCCUCCUCCCUCCCAGUCUCUCUCCAGUCCUCCCCCUAUGUCUACUGUCAUGUUCCCUAGGUCUACACCCGUCCCCCAGUACAACCCUCCUUCUACAGCUGCUUCUGUUCCCCAGUAUCGACCCCCCAACCCUCCUGUCACCCACAACACCCCUCCUCCAAGUUCCCCUAGACCCAACACCUUUGUCCCCUUCACCCCUCAGCCUAUUGGUCAACAGAACCAGCAGCAGCUAAUCAAAACGGGCAUCCUGGAGGAAGGGGCGGCGGCCAUCAGACGAUCGUCGACAGCCAGGAAGUCCAUGUUCACCUUUAAGGAGAAGCCUGUCAUGGCACCCAACCCUGAACUCCUCUCUCUGGUCCAGGGGAACGAUGACAGGAAGAAGCACGGCCUCCGCUCCGUUCCCGACCCAGCCCCAGAGGAGGAGCUGCUGGCUCUGGGGGCCGAGGCCUCUAACUUCCUAGCCAGGGAGGAGGUGAAGGCGGAGGCUGCCAAAGUGCCGGAGUGGUCCUCCUGUCUCAAGAGCUCCAGGACCAGGGARCCCAGGGGGCAGCACCAGCCAGAGCAGACCCUGACCAACGCAUCAGGGAAGGGGGCCGAGCUGUUCGCUAAGCGCCAGUCCAGGAUGGAGAAGUACGUAGUGGAGAACCAGAAUGUCUCCGGUGGUGGAGGUGGUCAGAUGAGGUCGCCGUCUCCCACCGCGUCUCUGCCGCCAUCUUGGAUCUAUCCAUCUAAUAUGCCUGGCCGGGUCAAAGCUAUUGCUAACAACACUGACCUCAGCGCCAGGCUGACACGGACCCUCCAGACCCCUCAGCCCGCGAACAGGAGGCCCAGCCAGCAGGCUCCAACCCCGGCCCCGGUCCCCGAGGAACCACCCCUGGAGWACGGCUGCACCAAGAUAGAGAUGGACCUCUCCAGGCACMAGCCCUACCAGCUCAACUCCUCCCUGUUCAUCUUCAACCCAGUCCAGGACUCUACCAGCACCCUGCUGAGCGCUCUGCCCCGAGGGGCCCCUCCACCACCCAAACCCCUGGUCUCAUCUGAGGCCUACUCCAGGCAGGCCUCCCUGCCCUCCUCCAACCCUCAGUCACACAACUACAACAGCCUGCCCCGCUUCAGGCCUACCCUGUCCCCCUCACUUCAGUCCCCAUCAGGAGGAAUUGGAGGUGGGGAUUACUAUCCUUCACAACACGGGGGGACUCCACAGCUGAGGGACCCCAGGAUCACCUCUCCUGUCUCUGCCUUCUCUCCGGAGAGAGUAGCCUCUCCUCGGUCGAGCGUCCAGGCACCCAGACCCACCUUCUCUACCAAGAGGGCCGGGAUCGAACCCCAGACGAGGAAGGAGUCGCCUCCAACCCCGACCCCCACCACCCCGACCCACCCCCCCACCAGGACCCCCCAGUUCACCCGGCGGUUCAGCAGCCCAGAGGGACCCCCCACUCCCGGCGGGGUCCGGUCCCCUACCCCCCAGACCACCAUCACCUCCUCCUCCACUUCCAGGCCCCCCCACCAGGGCACCUCCACACCCACCUCCCCUGUCUCCCCACCCUGGGAGACGAGGUGCCAGUCCCCCGCGAUGGUCACCAAACCCUUCUCCACUGCCUCUUUAUCCAGGCCUAAACCAUCCACUACCACCUCACCUAUAUCGCCUGUAUCUCCCUGGGGGUCCCGCUGUCAAUCCCCUAACAUCAACCAGACAACCAAGCCUUUCUCCACCACCACCAUCUCCAACUCUUCCUCUUCCAGACCCUCUCACCAAGGCACCAUCACCUCUCCUCUCUCCCCCUCACCCCUGUCCCCUCCCUGGGGUUCCAGAUGCCAGUCUCCCAUCGUCAGCCCAAGCCCCAACAACUCCAAGGCAAACCAUCGCCUGUUAGCCAAGAACAUCAUCAACGCGGCCAAACGUAAAAACAGCCCAUCCCCAGGUGCUCUGAGCGGCCACAAUCUCCCAAUCUCCCCACAGGGUGGCAUCACUACCCACCAGCACCACCAGGGCUAUGACCAGCAGCACCACAGCAGCUCCAAACCCCCCUUCAGCCCCUACCAGUCCAGGGCCAUGGGGUGCCAGUCCCCCCCCUUCGCCAGCCCACCUCCCACCCCUACAGGGGUGAUCCGGUCCCCAGYAAGGCUCUACAACACCAGGUCCCUCACUGACUCGGAUGCUUCGGUGGAAUCGGAGGACUCUGGGCUGAGGUCUCCAGGACUGCAGCGUACCCACAACACCAGUCCCCGAGGCUGGGGAGGCAGCCUGAGGGUGAAGAGGGGCAGUUUUGGCACUGACCUGUAGGGGGAGCUGGGGAGAGAGGGUCAGGAGAAAGGACCAUUGAGCUUGCGAAAUAAGAGAAAGAAAGAAAACCAGGACAUUGAUAAAAGGGACUGGUGGGUUUUGGACAAUUUUUAAUUUCAUUGACCUAUAGGAGCAUCUUGAUGGAGGGCCAGCUCAGCGCUAGCCUCACAGGGGAGAUAUGGUAAGGACUUUGAAAGGAACUGACCUUGUGUGUUUGUUGCUUUGGAAUAAGGGACAGUAAUGGUGACCACACAGUAAAGAACCUGAUGCCCUUACAACGCAGCUGGGACAUAGAAGCAUCCUGUCUGGUGAUUCUAAAGUCCACUAAAACCCACUGAUUUGUCUGGCUGGCUAUAGAAGAGUCCAGGACCAUCAAGCUCAGAGCUAGCUCAACAGUGGGAUUACCGAGAGGAGAUUGAAGGGACAAUUCACUGUUGCCUCUUCCUCUCAUUCUUACAUCUUAUAAAACACAUUAUACAUUUAUUGCACAAAAAAAAAAGAAGGAAAUUGAAGGGAUUCUAAAAUCCAAAGCGACUUGUCUACAACUUUUGAUAUGGACCUUGUAAUUGAAAAACAAAA